CCCGUCCUUGCCGCAUCAGCUACAAUGACAUCUACUGUUAUUGAAGCAGUAAAGAAGUCACUUUCUUUUCGUCUUGGGCAAACCUUCGAGCUCAAUCUUGGCAACAACCGCAAGAAUAUUACUCAUAUUGUUGUCAAAAUCAAGUCUGCCACUGAUUUUGAUGCUCUUCGCAUCCUCCUGGAGGGGGCUACCGAAGGGCAACCUCUACUGCGUACCCUUGUCUAUGUUCUGAAGAAGGAAGAUGCACAGAACAUUGCUCUGUACCUGAGGAAUCUGCUUCCUCCAAACUCGACUCUUCGCUCCCAGAUCAAUUUUGCCAACUCUGCACGGGAUGCGGCAGCAAGAAUGAAGGCUAUACAAGAUUUUUGGAAUGGAGUUGUCAAUAUAUUGGUUGCAACAGAAGUUGCUGGAAUGGGCCUGGAUAUUCGAGAUAUCGUUAGAAUAUACCACUUCAACAUUCCUAAUAGCGUAGACGAGGGUAUUCAGCACCACGGGCGUGCUGGACGCGAC